UUCGCCCGCUCGAAAGUUUAAAUAAAAUUAAUUAUUUUAAGGAAAAUGAAGAGAGUAAUAAAACAUCUCGAGGUUCAGCUUCUCGAAGCAGUAUUGGUCAUUAUAGUUUGGGCCCACAUCGAACAACAAAUAAAAAACCCGCUUUAAAAGUUCGCCGCCGAUCGGCGGGAGAUGAAAACAUGCUCAAACAAAUAAAUUUAUCCGUUCGAACCCGAACUGAUUCUGGAAAACAAUUAACCGACCUUGAAAUUCUUGAACAAGUUACCGUUUUAAACCUAGACACCGGAGAACGAAUCCCUUUAAGCGUAGCCGAAGAUAAACUACCACAAUGCAUAAACCCCCUAUCUUUACACAUAAUGAGGUUAACAUCUGAGUAUGUAAGCAGUUCAAGUAUGGAAAAAGAAAAGGAAUCCGACGAGGAAUCGGUUUCUAGUAAACAAACAGUUCCGUUAGGUGAUUAUAACGAUGUUGAAAUUGGUAAAGUUCGUAGAAGAACCGAAAGGAUUAAAAGAUUUUUGGGUUCUACAGUUCGUAAAACUGUUGAUAAAGCAAAAAGUAUCGCCCAAGAGGUGUCUCACGCUCGCCAUAAAGAAGAUGUUGUUGAUUUGGUGGAUGAGGUUCACCCAGGGGAACAAAACAUUAAAUUAAAAGCGUCAAAUUCUCAUAAAGGACCAUAUGAAUUCGAAAAGAUCCAACAUGUUCAAGAAUUUAACGAACAUGAAGGUCCAAUUUGGUGCAUGAAAUUCUCUCAAUGUGGGAGACUUUUAGCUACGGCUGGGCAAGAUAAAGUUUUAAGGAUUUUUGUUAUUAAAAGUGCUUUUACUUAUUUUCAAGAUAUGCGUACAAAAUAUAACGCAGAAAAAGUUUCUCCAACACCAUCACAAGAAUCUUUAGUCUCCCAUCAUUCUUCAGAUAAUUCCGGAUUAGCAGCUUUGGAUGCUUUAAAUUCCGACGAAGCAAAUAAAUUAAUUUUUAUGCCAAAACCAUUUUGUACCUACACCGGACAUACUUCCGAUUUAUUAGACGUUUCUUGGUCCAAAAAUUAUUUCAUUUUAUCAUCAUCCAUGGAUAAAACCGUCAGGUUAUGGCACAUAUCUCGUAAAGAGUGUCUUUGUUGCUUCCAACAUAUUGAUUUUGUAACCGCGAUCGUUUUUCAUCCGAGAGAUGAUCGAUAUUUUUUGAGUGGUUCUUUAGAUGGGAAAAUCCGUCUGUGGAAUAUUCCAGAUAAAAAAGUAGCCGUUUGGACCGAAGUUGAAGGUAAUCCAAAAUUGAUAACAGCAGCAAAUUUCUGCCAAAAUGGAAAAUUUGCUGUAAUUGGAUCAUACGAUGGUCGAUGUAUCUUUUACACAACGGAACAUUUAAAAUAUCACACUCAAAUUCACGUAAAAUCGAGUCGGGGGCGUAAUUCAACAGGUCGAAAAAUUAGCGGGAUUGAAUCGAUGCCUGGGGAAGAUAAAAUUUUAAUUACAUCCAACGAUAGUCGGAUAAGACUUUACGAUUUACGCGAUUUAAAUUUAUCGUGUAAAUAUAAAGGUUACGCAAACGUUAGUAGUCAAAUUAAAGCCAGUUUUAGUCACGAUGGGAAAUACAUCGUAAGCGGAUCAGAAAAUCGAGAUAUUUAUAUUUGGAGAACUAAUCAUGAUUAUUCUAAAUUCUCUUCGGUGAGAAGAGAUCGAAACGAUUUUUGGGAAGCGAUUAAAGCGCACAAUGCUGUGGUGACUUGCGCAAUUUUUGCACCUAAUCCCGAUGCGAUCAUCAAAAUGAUUGAUGAAGAGAAAAAUCAAAACGAAGAAAAUUCAAACAAUGAAAAAGUAAACGAUCCUGUUGUUGAACAACGCACAAAAGGAUGUGGGGGUUAUGUUUUAGUUUCAGCUGAUUAUAACGGAUGUAUUAAAAUAUUUAUAAACAAAAUGAAACCGAAACAUAGUUCAUUACCGGCUUCCGCCCUUGCUUAAAAUCCAUCAAAAUAAAUAAGUAAAAUUUUUUUUUCUUAUUGGUUUAAAGUUAAAUAAACCAGGUUGUAAUUUCUAAUGUUUCUUUCUAUCAACUUAUUUAAUUACAAAGUUCUUAGCCCAAUUCAACUUGAAUUACUAACGAUUGUGAUUUUUAAUGAUUUUAAAACAAGAGUCAUAUAAUUUUAUACAUAGAAUUAUUGGUUAAAAUUGGUGUAAAUAUUAGUAGGAUUAAUUGAUUGUAGGUAAAUUUGUUUUAAUGUUAUAUUAAUAAACGAUAUAUGUUUGAAAUGGUGUCAAA